ACAGAGAGAAGAGAGCUCGUGAUGCUGUUUCCCUAUUGCUUCCCUGCUUGCCCCACCCGCCGUGCCGUGUUUUGUGCAGCAGCACGCCAGGAUGCUCUGCCUGCCCUGCUUGCCCUGCCGGCUCUGCCUGCCCUGCCUGCUCUGCUCAGUGAUUUUUCUCUCCCGCAGAGUGAGAAAAAUCACUCUGCCCAAAGCCCGGAGCACUCAGAGUGCAGCGCUAUAGCUCGUACUGCCGUGUAACUGCGGUUAUCGGGCCGUAGGAGAAGGAAGAUUUGAACUGCUCAGACCCGUGCUUUACACGGCAUCGUGACUAAGGAGAUUCGGUGCUAACCCCGAGGGAAGGAAGGCCUUCCGAUAGCCAGGCCUGUGGGCAGCCUAAGCAGAGGGGACUGAUUCUGCUCUGACGGAGCACAUCUAUUCUUAGGUUAAUUGUUUUUUAAGUUUAUUCCGGUAGCUGAUGCAUGGAUAAGUGCCAGCGUUCCCCAAAGAGCAGCACUGCCUGACAGCAGAAAUUUGUCUGGUCCUGGAUAGCCCUCCUCUAUGGCCUUGGAACCAAGAAAGCAUCAGUGCAAAAUGGGAAUAACAAUGUCCUUAGAUGAUGUGUGACCAAACACAAGGGGAGUGCUCCCCACAUGACCACCAAGGGUCAGAGAAGACCCCAUACAACCCCAUGCAAGCGCAGAUGGGCAGAAAAGCAGCCAGAAGGGGAUGGAGCAUCAUGCUUGUUUAACCCAAUGCAUCUGCAGGCACUUAGAACCUCAAGCUACUCACGUGGUUCAGGGUAGCGAGCUGUAGGGGUCCGAGGCCCUCAGGUCAGAAAUACCCCCCCUGCUAUGCUGCACCUGCCUUUCAGAUAAACAUAUUUGUUUUCCCUUUUCUUUUUUUCUAAUUUGUUUGUCAUCAUUGGUAACAGGAGAGCCCCUGCCUGGUGGAACAGUGCAUUACCACUUCUUUCCCCCUUUCUCAGAAAGCUCCAUCCAGGGUGACCAAGGAUGGAGUCCCUCCCUGAAGCAGUGCUGAUCAGAAUCCUGGCUUCCAUACCUGCGGUGGAUCUGGUGCUGGCGUGCCGCCUGGUCUGCUGCCAGUGGAAGAACCUGAUUGAUGGAGCUGCUCUUUGGAUCCUGAAAUGUCAGCAGGAAGGCUUUGCUGGAGCAGAGUCAGAGGAGAAUGCGGAGAAUUGGCAAAACUUCUACUUCUUGAGUAAGAGAAGAAGAAAUCUCAUCAAGAACCCCUGUGGCGAAGAAGACCUGCAGCACUGGGGAGAGGUAGAGAACGGAGGUGAUGGCUGGAAAAUUGAAGAGCUCCCUGGGGACUUUGGAAAAGAAUUCCCUAGUGAAGAAGUCCAUAAAUACUUUGUUACAUCUUAUGAGUGGUGUCGAAAGUCUCAGGUCAUCGAUCUUAAAGCUGAGGGCUACUGGGAAGAGCUGAUGGAUACAACCCAGCCAAAAGUUGUGGUGAAAGACUGGUAUGCGGGACGCAGCGACGCCGGCUGCCUCUAUGAGCUGUGUGUGAAACUGCUGUCAGAGAAUGAGGACGUGUUGGCCGAGUACAAGACUGAGACCAUUGCCAUCCCAGAGGACAAUGAUGCCAGCUGGACUGAGCAGUGGAAUGAGCUGCAGGACUGGUUGCAUCCCCAUCUACACUGUGCCCAGGCACUUUGAUACCUUCCUUGCAUGCAAAGUUCAGCAGCCUUCCCCAGGAAGAUGGGAGUCCCAGCUGUAUUACACGUGCCCUUGGCUAAACCUCCCUUGCAGGCACUUAGAGCAACUCAUCUGGAGCCACCACCAGUGCAAACCCAUUAACUGCAGUGCAAUCAGCAUUCCCAGAAGGACAGAGAAACCACGAUAAAGAUGUAAGUGUGCUCACUGGACUGAUUAAUUAUGGGGAACACAUCUCUUGCCACUCUGUUCCUGCCAGACAGACUUUUACAACAAGGGUAGUGAACCAUCCCUGCAGACUAUCCAAGGUCAGACAGGAUGGGCCUCUGAGCACCGAUGGAGCUGUGGGUGUCUGCUCAUUGCAGGGGGGCUGGCCCUGAUGACAUUUAAAGGCCUCUUCCAACCCAGAUGAUUCUGUAGUUCUGGCUAAUGGAACGGGUUUACAAGCACAGGUAUGUGCACUGAAACAUAUGCACAGGUAUAGGCAAACACACAGAUGUACGUCCACAGCCAUGCAGAACUUCAGAACCCACCAAUCUGGCCUCCCUGUGCUGCCAGGAACAGGCUGUCCUCAGACAGUGACCAUCACAGAGAACUGGCACAGCCUCUCACCUGGUGUUUAACCCAUCUUUGACCUCAAGGACCACAGAGCACUUCCCUUUGGCUUCCCAUAGGUCUUCUCCAGGCGUACACCACAGGUUGUUGUUGCAUAAGAUUUAGGAGACAAGAGCGGAAAGCAGCAGCUCUGAGCCCUCCAGCCUGCAGAAAGCAGCUCGUGUUCCUCAGCGUGAAGCUGCUUUUCCAAGAAGAGGGAUGGUGUCACAGCUCUGCUACUUGCAAUCCUUCCAAAAGGUCCUGGAGUCAAGUGGAGCUGUUUCCACCUCGCCACACACUGUGCAGCUCCUUCCGUUAAUAUUGACACGUGAAGCAUUGCAAAACGAAGCAGAUAAAAUCCUGAUCCAGAUAUGAGAAACGACUUUGCAUUUUUUUUGUAAAUUAAACCUAAUCUUGUGUUGACUCUGCUAUACAAGGAGAAAUAAUGAAGCAGAUUAAGACGAGAUCUUGUUCACUCUUGCUGAACAAAAGCCAAUUAAUUGCCAGUAGGAUUAUUGUGAAUUCUCUCUCGUCUUACACAAAUACAAUCAGAUACAGGCUAGGUGCUGCUGGAGCAGCCCUGCUCAUUGGAGCGAUAACUCUGCCUGGACAGAGGAAUGCAGUGCAAAGGCUCAGUUAAACCACAUAGGAUUCUGCCUUGCUGUUUUCCCCAGUGACUCCUGCCAACUUGUAAAGGAUGGAGACGCAUUAAAAACAAACAACCACAAAUGGCCCUCCCACACACAGACCCACAACAUUCAGCCUUGCCUACUCUUCUCCAGGCUACAGGAGAGCCUUCCCCUUACCUGUACAUCACUGGACUGAAUCAUCUAGUCCUUUCCCAGAGCUUUUCAGCUACAAUAGCUUUCCUCUUUCUGCAAAUCCUUUCUUAGACUUUCAGUGUAUCAAAAUGUUUCGUUUCCAUUAGCCAAGCCAAAUUCUCUCAGCUAUUUCACUGGUACACAGCAGAGCCUUCUUCUACCUAUCCAUGUGCCAUGACAACAAGCAGGGAGAUCAUUCCUGCCUGCUCCUAUCUGGCCUGCUCCCAAUAUGAAACCAAUCUGGAGAUGUGGCACUGAAGGACAUGGGUUAGUGGGCAUGGUGGUGAUGGCUGGACUUAGUGAACUUGUCUAUUCCAGCCUUAAUGAUUCUAUGAGCAGAGACUGGCAGGGGGUUGGAACUGGAUGGUCUUCGAGGUCCCUUCCAACUCAAGCCAUUCUUUGAUCACAAAAACAGUUGGCAGGGAGAAGCAAAUCCUAGUUCAAGUUGGGUAGGAGCAGAAACCUACAGCAGCCCUCCUGUAAAGGGGGAAUGGCAGUGUUCAACUUGGAGCUCAGCUCACCACCACUCAUCUGCACCAGACCAUGGCAACAAGGAGGAGUUCCCCCCAUCCUGCCAGAUGCAGAAAAUAAAAGCCACGGGGUGAAUCUGUGGAUGAUUUACUUGGAGAAGAUAUUUCUUAUUUUCAAACCAAGUUUAAAAAAAAUAAAAUAAAAUAAAAUUAAACUCUGUCGAAGCCUGCAGCAAUGGCACUGACAGACAAAAAUGACUUACAGAAAAAAAUGCACAGGGAAAGCGAUUUUCUUUGCCUGCAUUGCCAGGGGAAUUAAAUCUUGUUUUUUUUUCCCCGUCACCACCAAGUGGAAUAAUCCAAUAUAUUAAAGCUAAUGUGCUCCUUGUAUUUAUUGCUGUGUAUUUGACCUAACAGAGUUUUAUUUCUACAUUAAGAAUAAAGCCAUUCUGGAAGGCAAGCUGCAAAGCUCUAGAUCAAUUACUACCUUCUCCAACAGCUGAAAAAUGAGUUAUUUCUUGUAAAAGGAAAAAAGUAGAAAAUAAUAAUAAAAAUAAAAAACCUCCUCUCCCUUGUGCAAUGAGUUCUGCACUGCAGAUCUGGUGGAGUUAGGGAAUAUUGUGUUUGGUUUCUAAGUAACAUUAAAAAAAAUAAAUCCAUGAAACAGCAGCAAGGCCACGGUGUGUGCUCCAUCCUGUGCAGUGCAGAGCUGCAGACAGCCCUCAGUGAGGACCAGGUUCUGCAGCACACGCAGCUCCAGCCCAGUGCUUGCCCUAGGGGACCGUGUCCAAUUCAAGCAUGUCCAGCAGUAACAGGAUGUGUAAUAACUGUACAAAGCAGCUCUUGUUGGUAAACAAAACCGCAGACACAAAGCCAAGAAACUGUGCUGAAAUGUGAGAACAGCAGGUGGAAGCUGACAGUGGGAAGGGGAACACCACGCAUCCAAAACCACAGCAAUAAAUAGGAAAGCACUCCUCCUAGCAUGCAAGCUUUGCACAAAGCUCUCAUUUACACCAGGCCCAUGGUGCUGUCCUGCCUGGGAGGACCUCAGAGCAGUAAAAUCAUAGAGCCCUCAAGAUUGGAAAAGAUCUCUAAGAUCAUCCAGUCCAUCCCAACCCAACCCACUGUGCCCCCUG